GAAGAAACACGAGAGAACACCCGAAACUGUUUACUAUGCAAGAACGAGUGUUUAUUGCAUGCUCCGGGCUAUUUUUGUGAUGAUGAACUAUGUGACAAAGAAGAUGAGCUGAGCACAUUUUGAUAAGCUGAUCCCAUUCAGAACAACAUCAUAAUGGCGAACACAGCUGUGAUGAACCAGUUCAUUGCGGGGCUGAAGAGUCGGUCGGAGGAUGUGCGGGUGAAGGCUGCAAAUGACCUCCACCAUUUUGUUAGCACAGAGUUGAGGGAGAUGCAAUUAGAGGAACACACUUCAUUUAUGGAUGAAUUUAAUCAUCAUAUAUUUGAAAUGGUUUCCAGCUCUGACCUCAAUGAGAGGAAGGGUGGCAUCUUAGCAAUCGUGAGUCUGAUCGCUGUGGAUGUGGGCAACAUGUCUACGAGAAUUAGUCGCUUUGCCAACUACCUGAGAAAUUUGUUACCUUCAAGUGAUGUGAGUGCUAUGGAAAUGGCUGCUAAGGCAGUAGGGAUACUGGCUCAAUCGUCUGGGACAUCUGCCGCAGACUAUGUUGAUUUUGAAGUGAAGCGUGCUCUCGAGUGGCUAAACGGCGAUAGACAGGAGAACAGGAGGCAUGCUGCUGUUCUUGUCCUCAAAGAAUUGGCCGUAGGUACACCCACAUUCUUCUUUCAACAAGUUCAGCAAUUCUUCGACUCAAUCUUCACAGCCAUCAGGGACCCAAAGCCCAUCAUACGAGAGGGAGCUGCAGCAGCCCUGAGAGCUGCCCUGGCUGUGACAUCACAGAGAGAGUCCAAGGCCACACAGAGGUCACAGUGGUACAGGCAAUGUUAUGAGGAAGCUGAAAAACAGUUUGAUGAAAUGCAGAGUCGUGAGAAAAAACUGUCCAGAGAUGAUUGGGCACACGGAUCCCUCCUCAUCAUCAAUGAAUUACUCCGAUGUAGUAACGUAGAAGGGGAGAGAUUGAGAAUAGAAAUGGAGGAAAUUACUGUACAGCAAUAUUUGCAUGAAAAGACUGUUAAGGAAACCUCCAAGCACAAGUCACAAGGGAACGUGAUUGCUCUACAACAGCUGCAGCAGAAGUCGUCUCCCCUGACUAACUUUGGCAUGGGAUCUCGCCAAAUUCCACAGAAAAUACCAUUUUUUGAAAGUCAUUUGUGUAAAGACUUAAUGACUGCAAAUUUUGAUAAGGUGUGUGCGUUAAUUCUGAGGAACAAAGGAAGUCGCUCUACUUAUGUCCAGCAGACCCUACUCAUAGUGUUUCCUAGACUGGCAGCCUUCAACCAUGUAACCUUCUCAAAACUGUAUCUUGAUGAGACAAUCAACUUUCUGCUGGUGACACUGAGGAAUUCUAAGGAGAGGACAGCAGCCUUCCAGGCUUUAGGCCUUCUAUCUAUUUCUGUGGAGGAAGAUGUAUCGAAACAUCUCGCCAAGAUCAUGGAUGUUCUCAAAAACUCCCUUCCCUCCAAAGAUCUGCCUGCAAAGAAGCACAAGAGUUUUGUGGUGGACCCAGCGGUAUUUACUUGUAUCAGUAUGCUAGCCCGAGCUGUGGGACCGAGGAUGACCAAGGAUGUUCGAGACAUGCUGGAUUCCAUGCUAGCUACAGGGCUGAGCCCUGCUCUCACUGCUGCACUGAAGGAUCUUGCCACUCAAAUCCCCCAGCUCAAAAAGGAAAUACAGGAUGGGCUACUGAAAAGCUUAUCGUUGAUUCUGAUUGGACGCCCCCUGAAGCAUCCAGGAGCCCCAAACUCCCCAACAAUGCCGAUACCAGUGUCAGGGUCUGUGGGAAACCUUGCGGAAACACAGGAUGUCACAAGCAUUACAUUGGCUCUCAAGACUCUAGGAAGCUUUGAUUUUGAAGGUCAUUCUCUGACCCAGUUUGUGAAGCAUUGUGCAGAGCAUUACCUUUCCAGUGAGUUCAAAGACAUUCGGAUGGAAGCUGUCCGUACGUGUGCCAGGCUGCUGUCUCCACUGCUGGUUCUCCUGGCCUCAAACCAAGGACAGAUCAGCAUGGCUGCCAUGAACACUGUGGCCGAGGUCCUACAUAAGCUCCUCGUGGUUGGCAUCACUGACACUGAUUCUGAUAUUCGUUUCUGUGUGCUGAUGUCUCUGGACGAGAGAUUUGAUCCCCACCUGGCCCAAGCUGAGAAUCUCAGUGCCCUAUUUGUCGCCCUUAACGAUGAGGUGUAUGACAUUCGAGAGCUGGCCAUUUGUAUGAUCGGCAGACUGAGCAGUAAGAACCCGGCUUAUGUGAUGCCAUCACUGCGUAAGACUCUAAUACAGAUACUGACAGAAUUGGAACACAGUGGAGUUGGCCGUAACAAAGAACAGGCAGCCCGUAUGUUAGGCCAUCUCGUCGCUAAUGCAGCACGACUCAUAAGACCAUAUAUGGAACCAAUAUUGAAGGUGUUGAUCCCAAAGUUGAAGGAUUCGGACCAUAACCCCAGUGUUACUAUCAGUGUGCUGGCUGCUGUUGGGGAACUAGCUCAGGUGACUGGAACAGAGAUGAGAAAACGCAUGGACGAACUUCUACCUAUUAUCAUUGAUAUGCUACAAGACUCUUCCUCACUACAGAAAAGGGAGACUGCCCUGUGGACACUGGGACAGCUGGUUGAGAGUACUGGCUAUGUUAUUGAGCUGUACAAGAAAUAUCCCACUCUUCUGGAGAUUCUCCUGAACUUCCUCAAGACAGAACAGUCACCAGGAAUACGCAGAGAGGUGAUCAGAGUACUUGGAUUAUUGGGUGCAUUGGACCCCCACAAACACAAAUUGAACCUGGGUCUGAUCCAACAGACCGAGGCCUCGGCUGUGCUCAGUAUGUCUGACCCCAAAACCAACCAGGAAAACCAGCAACCAGAAAACACAAGUGAGAUGUUAGCCAACAUGAGUUCUUCUACAACUUUGGAGGAGUUCUACCCAGCCAUUGCCAUAGGAACCCUUAUGAGGAUAAUCCGGGACCCGACCCUGUCCCAGCACCACACGAUGGGCGUACAGGCAAUCACGUUUAUCUUUAAAAGUUUGGGCAUCAAAUGUGUGCCCUACAUACAACAGGUUAUCCCGGCAUACCUCACUGUCAUACGUACUGCUGAAUCCAACUUUAGGGAGUUCCUGUUCCAACAGCUAGGAGUGAUAAUAGCCAUUGUCAAACAACACAUAAGGAACUACCUGGACGACAUCUUCAGUCUCAUCAAGGACUACUGGACACCUAACAGCCCGAUGCAGAACACCAUCAUCCUGCUGGUGGAGCAGAUUGUCACAGCCCUGGGUACCGAGUUCAAGGUCUAUCUACCCCAGAUUGUACCUCAGAUGCUCAAGGUCUUCAUGCAUGACACAAGUCAACACCGAGCCGUCACUGCCAAGUUACUGAAUGCCCUGCAGCUGUUCGGUGCUAAUCUGGACGACUACCUCCACCUGAUCCUACCCCCGGUGGUCCGACUAUUGGACGGUACAGACAUCCCACUUGCUGUCAGAAAAGUUGCUUUAGAAACAAUCGACCGUUUGACGUACACACUUGACCUGACGGACUAUGCAUCAAGGAUCAUCCAUCCCCUGGUGCGGACCUUGGAUACCAGUGCGGAGCUCCAGACCACAGCCAUGGACACACUGUGUGCCCUGGUAGUCCAGCUCGGAACUAAGUUUGCCAUUUUUCUACCAAUGGUGUACAAGGUUAUGACAAAGAAUAAGAUUCUCCAUCAGAGAUACAGCAUCCUCACCUGUAGGAUUAUGAAGAGUUCUACUAUAGCUGAGGAGGAGGACGAUCCAAUGCUGUCCAGUUUUCGUCGCAAUAAGUUGAAAGUCUCUGAGACUGGGGAGGCAAGCAUUGAGGUUGUCACCAUUAAAAAACUACAUGUCAGCUUCCCCAACCUGCAGAAGGCACUUGGUGCUGGGCGACGAGAAUCUAAAGAGGAUUGGAUGGAAUGGCUGAGGAGGCUGAGUAUUGAACUUCUCAAAGAGUCACCCUCCCCUGCCCUCAGGUCGUGUUGGGCAUUAGCGCAGACCUACAACCCACUAGCUAAGGACCUGUUCAAUGCAGCGUUUGUUUCUUGCUGGACUGAGCUGACGGAGACACAGCAGGACGAGCUGAUACAGAGUCUGGAACAAGCACUUACCUCCCAGGAGAUCCCUGAGAUCAUGCAGACCCUGCUUAACCUGGCCGAGUUCAUGGAACACUGUGAUAAGGGUCCCCUACCCCUGGAUACCUCCCUGUUAGGGGGUCGAGCCAUGAGGUGCCGAGCAUAUGCCAAGGCCCUACACUACAAGGAGGAGGAAUUCCAUAGGGGCCCCAACACUGAAACACUUGAGGCCCUCAUCAGCAUCAACAACAAGCUACAGCAGCCCGAGUCAGCAGCUGGGGUGUUGGAGUACGCGAUGAAGCACCACAGGGCUGACCUGAAGAUCCAAGAGGGUUGGUAUGAGAAACUACACGAGUGGAACAAGGCCCUGGAGGCCUACAACCGUCGACAGGAGAUGGCGACGGAUGACAUCAAUCUGACCCUCGGCAAGAUGCGCUGUCUGGAGGCACUUGCUGAAUGGAACCAGCUGUACCAGAUUGCCUGUGAUAAGUGGCCAACAGUGAGUGACCAUGACCGUGCCAAGAUGGCCAGGAUGGCUGCAGCUGCCUCAUGGGGACUUGGCCAGUGGGACAGUAUGGAGGAGUAUAUUUGCCUGAUCCCGAGGACGAGUUACGACGGUGCAUUCUACCGAGCUGUGUUUGCUUUACACACAGAAAACUACCAGCUGGCCCAACAGUGUAUUGACAAGGCCCGUGACAUAUUGGACACAGAACUGACUGCUAUGGUUGGGGAAAGUUAUAAUCGUGCAUAUGGAGCCAUGGUCAAUGUACAAAUGCUGUCGGAGCUGGAGGAGGUCAUUCAGUACAAGCUUGUGCCAGAGAGGAGGGAGACCAUCAAGGUUAUGUGGUGGGAUAGACUGCAGGGGUGUCAGAAGGUGGUGGAGGACUGGCAGCGAAUCAUCCAGGUGCGCUCACUGGUUGUCUCCCCUGUGGAGGACAUGAAGACGUGGCUCAAGUAUGCCAGCCUGUGUCGCAAGAGUGGACAUCUGGCACUGUCCCACAAAACCCUAGUCACCCUGCUGGGUGGUGAACCCAAUAAUCAUAUAUAUAAGAGGACCACAGACCAGCCCAUACCCACAGUCAACCCACAGGUCAGCUUCGCCUACAUGAAACACAUGUGGAAAAAUAACCAGAAGAAGGAGGCUUAUGGAAAGCUACAACACUUUGUACAACAUUCACUCCUGUCACGCACCAUGCAGCUCAACGCUCCAGAGGAUGCUCAGCAGAGAGCGGAGCUAAACAAACUCAUGGCCAGAUGCUACCUGAAGUUGGGUGAUUGGACAGAGAUAAUAAUGAACAUCUGUGAGGAGGCCAUCCCCCAGAUACUGGAGUACUACAGUCUGGCCACAGAACACGACAAGUCCUGGUACAAGGCUAGCCAUGCCUGGGCCCUGAUGAACUAUGAGGCGGUCCUAUUCUACAAACAACAACAGAACCUGCAGGCUGCGGACGGGACAUCAAGUUCUUCCUCCGCGGGAGCCUCUUUGGGCCCUGGAGAUAUUGGCCGGGCUGCCUUGGGCCCAGGGGACUUGUCUCGGACCAGUGAUACCCCAGGCUCACCCAGGAUCGAAUCCAAUGCAGCCAAGAUGCACAAAUACUGUGUUCCAGCUGUUCAUGGAUUCUUCCGUUCAAUCUCUUUGUCACAGCAAAACAGUCUUCAGGACACUUUAAGACUUCUGACCGUGUGGUUUGACUAUGGUCAGUGGGCUGAGGUAUACGAGGCGCUAGUCGAGGGACUAAAGACCAUUCAGAUUGACAAUUGGCUCCAGGUCAUCCCCCAGCUCAUUGCCCGAAUUGACACCCCUCGUCUGUUGGUUGGUCGCCUCAUCUCUCAGCUCCUGAUAGAUGUCGGUAAAACCCACCCACAGGCACUGAUCUACCCUCUGACUGUUGCCUCCAAGAGUAACGCCACAGCCAGACAGUCGGCAGCCAACAAGAUUCUGAAGAGCAUGUGUGAACACAGUAACACACUUGUACAACAGGCCAUGCUGGUGAGCGAGGAACUGAUUCGUGUGGCUAUUCUCUGGCAUGAACUUUGGCAUGAGGGUCUAGAGGAGGCUUCACGCCUCUACUUUGGGGAACGGGAUGUGAAAGGGAUGUUUGCCACUCUGGAGCCCCUGCAUGCCAUGAUGGAGAGAGGACCUCAGACACUGAAGGAAACCUCCUUUAAUCAGGCAUACGGGCGAGACCUGAUGGAUGCCCAAGAGUGGUGUAGGAAACAUCAGAGGUCGGGUAACGUGAAGGACCUGACUCAGGCCUGGGACCUGUACUAUCAUGUCUUCAGACGCAUCUCUAAACAGCUACCCCAGUUGACAUCCCUAGAAUUACAAUAUGUCUCCCCCAAAUUGUUACGAUGCCAGGAUCUGGAGCUGGCGGUUCCAGGAACUUACGACCCCAAUCAACCCGUCAUCAAAAUUCGGAGGGUUCAAAGUUCACUGCAGGUCAUCACCUCGAAACAGCGACCAAGGAAACUCAGCAUAUUUGGUAACAACGGCCAGGAAUACAUGUUCCUACUGAAGGGACACGAGGACCUGAGGCAGGACGAGCGUGUGAUGCAGCUGUUUGGACUGGUCAACUCACUCCUCCUAAACAACCCGGAAACGUUAAGGAGGAACCUCACGAUCCAGAGAUUCUCGGUGAUCCCACUGUCCACCAACUCAGGGCUGAUUGGCUGGGUCCCACACACAGACACAUUCCACGCUCUAAUCAGGGACUACCGCGAGAAGAAAAAGAUCCUUCUGAACAUCGAACACCGGUUGAUGCUGCGGAUGGCGCCUGACUAUGACCACCUCACACUUAUGCAGAAGGUGGAAGUGUUUGAGCAUGCCCUAGAACACACACAGGGGGAUGAUCUCGCCAAAAUUCUUUGGUACAAAAGUCCGAGCUCUGAGGUGUGGUUUGACCGUAGGACCAACUACACACGAUCUCUGGCCGUGAUGUCUAUGGUAGGCUAUGUACUAGGACUGGGAGACAGACAUCCCUCCAACCUGAUGCUGGACAGAGUUAGUGGCAAGGUCAUCCACAUCGACUUCGGAGACUGUUUUGAGGUUGCCAUGGUGAGGGAGAAGUUUCCGGAGAAGAUUCCAUUCCGACUGACUAGAAUGUUGAUCAGCGCUAUGGAGGUGACCGGUAUAGAUGGUAACUACCGGAUGACCUGUGAGAGUGUCAUGGAGGUGCUGCGGGAACACAAGGACAGCCUAAUGGCCGUGCUGGAGGCCUUUGUGUACGACCCACUCCUUAACUGGAGACUCAUGGACACUACAACCAAAGCCAAGCCAAAGACCAACCGUUCAGAUUCGCUUUCGGGUAGCCAGGAGAAGGGCGACAUCCUGGACAGCGUGGAACUAGGCACAGCCACCCACAAGAAGACCGCCCCCGAGGGUCCGGGGUCUGCAGGAGGCGAUAACCCCCUGGCCGAGGUACUCAACAAAAAGGCAAUAUCUAUUGUACACCGAGUCCGAGACAAACUGACAGGGAAGGACUUCCCUACCAAGGACUCUAUAGACGUCAACACCCAGGUGGAGCUACUCAUCAAACAGGCCACCUCACACGAAAACUUGUGUCAGUGCUACAUCGGCUGGUGCCCAUUCUGGUGAUGAUGGGGUAGAUAGCAAACACACUAAUGACUAAACGGCGAAUACUUUGUGAAAGAUUACAAAAUCAAGCAACCUGUUGUUAGACUCUAUGGUCUUCUUCAACAGAUCAUGUCGCCUGAAAAUACAUGUAUUGAGUACUACAGCUGUAGACGUUGGCUCGGGUGAUGGAGACGAUUUGUUAACUUUACAAGCUGAAUGUCCCGUGAGAAAUUAUUUGAAAAGACUAUCCUAUUACUUAUCAAGGUAGGGUAUAUAUUGAUGGGUCUAGUUUUUGCUUGUACCUACACAUCAAGUCUUCAAUAAAACCGUUUUGAUUUGAUAAUAUGCAACAAAUAUGCAGGGCCGCUUUCGUUUAUUGCACUCCAAAGGGUCGGAUCAGAGUUGUUUUGUUUAUGAAAUCAGGUCGGACUUAGUAAUCUGAUGCUGCCUUCGGGCGAGCCUUGACAAAGCUUU